AUGGAGUCACACCCGUACACCACAGACCUCCACUUUAUCCUCUCCACAUUUCAAGAGAAUAUCAAAUCUCAUUUCCCCAUGGAACAAAUAAACCAGAAUCUUCCAGUCAAGCCCAGCAAAUCGCGCACAGGCCGUGAAUCGCAGCGCUACAACCCGGAAUCCGGCGCUCGCAUGAUUGCCGGAUGCAUUUGCCUCAAUGAGACAAAAGAUAAAGUGGUGAUGAUUCUGUCCAGUGUGCACAAGGACAAAUGGGUGUUGCCCAAAGGCGGCAUUGAGUUGGACGAAGGCGACGACUAUGUUGUUAGUGCUGUGAGAGAAACGUGGGAAGAGGCCGGCUGCGAGGGCCGGAUAAUGGAGAAAUUGCCAGUGGUAUAUGAUAUGCGGGGGUCCAAGGCGCCGGUCUUGCAAGACCAGAAGGCAGAUUUCGAUCCGAAAAAGGUGGUGCCGAAACUGGAGUUCCACUUCUACGAAAUGUUGGUGUUGAAUAUGAGUCCUACUUGGCCCGAGCAAGACAAGAGACAAAGAAGAUGGUGCACUUACUCGGAGGCCAAGCACGAGCUUCUAAAGGCCAAGCGGCCGGAAUUGGCGAGUGCGCUAGAGUCGUCGUGUAUUGUGAAAGACCACGGCGAUGCCUACUAG